UUAUAUGCUAGUUAAGAUAAUUCCAAAAAAAUCAAAAAGAAAAGAAAGAAAGAUACAACAAAAUUAGGGUUUUUCACUCGCUCUCGUCCCUUUCUCACUCGCCGCUUCGGUGACGCUGUUGACACGCCGCCGAUCGAGUCCCGAAGGAGCUGUGGUGUGCACCGUUGAGCACCAGUUGCUAGCGCGCUUACAGGCUCAUAGCUUCUUCAAUCCUAAAACGAUAUUUGUUUCGAAUGAUAUUUGGUAUCGUUGCGAGUAUAACGUACACUUAAGGUCCAAAGCUAAAUUCGAGAUACUGGUUUGUCCUAUGUAGUAACGUGAUAUUUGAGUGAGAGGGAGUGAGUCCAAUGGAUGUUGAUCGUCCGAGAGCGCUGUCGGCGGAGGCUCUGGGAGUACUGAGAGAAGGCAUUCAUCUGGUCUUGUGUCGUUGGUGGGCGCUCCAAAUGGCCGUCCAGAACGAGUGGGGCGGCCCUGACUCGUCCCGCAAGGCUGACCAGCUCGCCUCCGAUAUCGUCUCCUGGUUUAGUCAGUCCAGAGAGCCGCUUUACAUAGAUGAUUUAGAAAAUUUGCUUCAACAAGCUCUGGAGUCUCUCAAUACCUUGGCUGAGGACGGCAGCAUUGAGGAAGUAGCUGAAAAAUUGAUGAUUAUGCAUGAAGAAUGUUUGGAAGGGAAUUUCAAGUCUAUUGAAAGCCUAAGGAAAGUUUCGGUUCCUCGUGUCAGACAGGUUGUGAAUGACGACGACGACGACGACGACGACAAUGUUAGCGGAGAUGAUGCAAAUGAGAAUGAUGAUUCAUCAAAUAUGAUGCUUGAUGCACCAGAAUCGCCAUCAAAUUUAAGUUCUAUAGAUAUGCCAGUCAAUGACCCUAGACCCAAGGUGGCAACUGAAGCAGAAGAUGGAUGGGUCCAAGUUGGACCCAGACGAAAUAGGGGUAAAAGAAAUUAGGUUGAGACAAUAUGUAUUAUUGUUUGCGUGAUUAUUAUUGUAAAAAUUUUGGUUUCCCGAUAAUUCUUGAGAAUCUAUAAAGCAUAGAGAUGGAUAUUCGAUCAUUAGUUGAGUGUUUCCGGAAAAUGUUUAUUGAUGUAAUUUGGCGGAUCCGGAUUCUAGUAAUUUGCUGCUACCAAUUUGGAAAGGAAAUGAAGCCCCGAUUGGUGUUGAUGUGCAUAUAAA